AUGGCUGCGGUGGUGGUGGCCGUCGAGGCCGCGGCGGUGCCGAGCGGCGCCUGCAGGAGCAAGUCGUCGUCGUACCUGGUGAGGAGCCUCUACUGGAGGCUGCGCGCGGGCCUCCGGAGGCUGCAGUCGGAGCGGGCGGGCAGGUGGCGCAGGGGCACCGCGGGCGGCAGGUUCAGCUUCCACUACGACGCCCUCAGCUACGCGCUCAACUUCGACGACGGCCGCGCCUCCGCCGACUUCGUACGGUGA